GUCUGCGCUUAGUUGAGCUUUCGUGGCUGCGGAGCGAUCCGCAGACAAUUACGCGUUUUUGACUUCAUGAUAUUUCAGCGUAACUGUUGCUGAGCAGAUACUGCUGAUCACACGGUGGAGCGGUUUUCCUGCCGUUUGGAGGCAGUCUGGGCGUUGAAACACCUCCCUUCACUCACAGCUUAAAUCGAGAGCCAACCUCUCAGAGGUGUCUUGUCUGGAGGGACGCAGUCGGCGAUGGAGGUUCCGUUCGUGUUCGUGUCCGCCGUCCUGGCGUGCGUGGCUGGCGCUGACAUUCGUGACCACGGCAUUCACUGGACCUACUCAGAGGGAGCGCUGGAUCAGAUGCACUGGCCGGACAUGUAUCCUGCGUGCGGAGGCAAGAAGCAGUCCCCCAUUGACAUCCAGCGGCGCAGCGUGAGGCACAACCCCGACAUGUUACAGCUGGAGCUCAAGGGAUAUGAUGCUCAGAAAGGGAAUUUCCUCAUGUCCAACAACGGACACUCGGUCCAGAUUGAUCUGCCUCCCACUAUGGUGAUCACCAAAGGCCUCCCAGGGAAAUACACGGCGGUGCAGAUGCAUCUGCACUGGGGCGGCUGGGACCUGGAGGUCAGCGGAGCAGAGCACACCAUCGACGGCAUCCGUUACAUGGCCGAGCUCCACGUCGUCCAUUACAACUCUGACAAGUACAAGAGCUUUGCCGAAGCCAGAGAUAAGUCGGACGGGCUGGCGGUGCUGGCCUUCUUCUAUGAGGACGGACACUUUGAGAACACCUACUACAGUGACUUCAUCUCCAACCUGGCUAAUAUCAAAUAUGCAGGUCAGUCCAUGAACAUAUCCAGCAUCGACGUGCGCUCCAUGCUGCCAGAGAACCUCAACCAUUUCUUCAGAUACCAGGGCUCCCUCACGACGCCGCCCUGCUACGAGAGCAUCAUCUGGACCGUGUUCGACACGCCCAUCACGCUGUCGCACAACCAGAUCAGGAAGCUGGAGAGCACGCUGAUGGACAUCGACAAUAAGACCAUCUGGAACGACUACCGCAUGGCGCAGCCUCUCAACGACCGCGUGGUGGAGUCCUCCUUCCUGCCGCGCCUCGGGAAGGGAACAUUCUGUCGACAAGACGAAAUCGAAUCCAAGCUCCUGAAGAUCGAGGGCCUCAUAACAUCUCUAGGAAAGCACUUGGUGUCAGGUGGGAUCUCUCCAUCGAGGCCCACUAAAAACGAACCCCACGGCCUCUUUCCUCUGGUGCUCAACUUCCAGGAGAGAAACUACGUCAGCUACGCGCUGGCCCGCCUCAGCCACGGCCUGCAGCUGGACUCCUUCACCGCCUGCAUGCACGUGCUGCCCCAGUCCGAGGGCGUCAACACCGUCGUCUCCUACUCCAGCAACGGCAACGACAACGAGCUGCUGAUCUCCAUCGGCGAGGACCCGUUCGCGCGGGAGGUGGGCCUCUGGAUCGGCAACGAGUUCGUGAACCUGCCGCACGGCGUCGCGGCCGGCGGCUGGGCCAACUACUGCGUCACCUGGUCGUCGCACACGGGCGGCGCCGAGCUGUGGGUCAACGGCAUGGUGGGGGAGCAGCGCUACCUGCGGCGCGGCUACACCAUCAGCGCCGGCGGCGUGCUCAUCCUGGGCAAGGACCAGGACGGGCUGCUGGGCAUCUCCAACGCCGACGCCUUCGUGGGCAGGAUGACGGACGUCAACGUGUGGAACUACGUGCUGACCACGGCGGACAUCCGCGACCAGAUGUCGUGCGACCGGAACAACAGCGUGGGGGGGAACGUGUUCAGCUGGGGAACCACUGAACUCAGCCUUUAUGGGGGGGUGCAGCUGGACACGCACUACAGGUGCUCCUGAACCAGGCCCAGGAUGUGCGUUUAACAGCAGAAUGAUAAUUACAGAUUGAGAGCUCAUAUUUGAUAAGAUUGUUUCUACUGUGUCGUCUACUCAUGUCUUUGUAUUAAUAAUAAAGGUUUACAAGUGA